CCCUCCUCUCUCUUUCCCUCUCUCCACAUUCAGACUCCAUUACUUCCACUCAGCACACUGAGGUCUCUCCAGCCGAACUCACCAUCACCACCACCCGGGGCCAUGUUUCACCGACUGUCCCUCUCGCUCCUGCUGCUCCACCUGACCGCCGCUCACGUUUUCUUGGAGAACAAGGCAGCCUAUCAGGUUCUGACCCGGCGGAGACGAGCCAACAGCUUCUUAGAGGAGGUUAAACAAGGCAACAUGGAAAGGGAGUGUGUGGAGGAGCGCUGCGACCAGGAGGAGGCGCGAGAGAUCUUCGAAGACACAGAGAAAACUAGUGAAUUCUGGAACAAAUACUACGAUGGCGACGCGUGCGAGUCGACGCCUUGUGUUCAUGGAGGACAUUGCAAAGACGGGAUCGGCGGCUACACCUGCUACUGUCAGACCGGGUACCAGGGCAUCAACUGUGAGAUUGUUAUUCCUGAGCUCUGUGAGACCAAAAAUGGCGGCUGUGAUCAUUUCUGCAAAGUGGUCUACGGAAAGGUUCAGUGCUCCUGUGCUGACGGAUAUUUCCUGGGAUCAGAUGAUAAAUCCUGCAAGUCCAACCAGACCUACAAGUGUGGUGCCAUCCACUCCUCAUCCACCCGGACUGUUUUCAGGUACGAGCGACAGAACACAACAGGGGUGAACACGACUGGGUUGAACAUGACAGACCUCGAGACCAACACCAACAGCAGCGACAUUGAAGACAAAUUUGUCCCUAAAUACACCAUUUUCGAGGAGACAAUCCCCUCUGAAAUGGCAGGAAACACCCGCAUCGUCAAUGGACAGGACUGUCCACCAGGAGAGUGUCCAUGGCAGGCUCUCCUCCUGAACGAGGACAACACUGGGUUCUGCGGAGGAACCAUCCUCAACGAAUACAUCAUCCUGACCGCCGCCCACUGCUUGAACCAAUCACGCUACAUGUACAUCAAGCUCGGUGAGUUCGACACAUUGGUUGAUCACGGCAAUGAAGCGACCCACUUUGUGGAAACUCUUGUCGCGCACAAAAACUACAGACCGGACACCUACCACAACGACAUCGCUCUCAUCAAAUUAACCAGCCCCAUCAAGUUCUCCAGGUUCAUCCUGCCAGCCUGCAUACCUCAGCCAGAGUUUGCUGAAAAGGUCCUGAUGCGACAGCAAGACGGGCUGGUCAGUGGUUUUGGCCGUCUCGGUGAGGGUCGGCAGGCGUCCACCAUCUUGCAACGCCUCACAGUUCCCUACGUGGAUCGGCACACCUGCAUCGAAUCCACCCAACUGCGCAUUUCCGCCCGCAUGUUCUGCGCAGGAUACAAACUAGAAGCCAAGGACGCCUGCCAAGGCGACAGCGGUGGGCCGCACGUCACCCGCUACAGUGACACCUAUUUUGUCACUGGCAUUGUGAGCUGGGGCGAAGGUUGCGCACGUAAAGGCAAAUACGGCAUCUACACCCAGGUGUCCAAGUUCAUCCCCUGGAUCCGAGAGGGCUUAGCUAGGAUGAUGCCCAAAAACCAAGGCAGCAGGGCGAAGAGGCACCAUGGCCCCAUCAAGAGGCUGUAUCUGUAAGACGGUGAUCUCUGGAUCUCCUUGCUGAGAUCAGCCACACUUUGUACCUCUCAUGUAUUCAUCUAUUUUACCUUUGAGACUGGAAACAGUCACAGUUCAGCCAAAGAAACUCAGAAAACAUUUGAUAAUUUAACAUUAACCCUGUUGUAUUUAAGUUGUAUUAAUUGUUUUUUGACCACUUGGGGGCAGCCGAACAAAAUGUUAUAAAUUUGAACAUAUUAUCAUGUUACUCUGACUUCCACAUCCAGCAGACUCAGAAUCAUCAGUACUGAGCUGGGGAGUUCCUCUGGGUUCUGUUCGCGGCCCUUUACAGUUUUUGUUAAAGCUGCAAUAAAUGAUAGUUUUGUCCCGUCUGUAAACACAACACCUGACACUGAGCAGCACGAUCACUCAUCUGGAGUCGAGUUUGAGUACAGCUGAUGAAGAAUAAUGAAAAAAAGAGUAAACCUGCUUAAUUUAACACUUUGCUGAUCAAUAUUAUUAAAAACGGGUCUGUGUGCGACUUGGAGCAGGAGGAACUGAAAAUAAAAAACAUUUUAAAGAUUUGUGUUAACAAAUCAAUGUCUGUGUUCAUGUAUUUUUGUAUCAGUUGCUGCCAGAAAUGAGCUUUUAGCUGAAUUUGAAGCAAAUAAAGAAACAUCACCAGAAUAA